AUGUGCGAUGUCGAAAGUUACAUUUACCUACCGCUUAUCGAAGAGAUGGGGUAUAUGCCUCAACGCAGGUAUGCAUCCGGACACGAGAUCCGCAAGUAUUGCGAAAAGGUGUGCGCGAAGUAUGGCUUGCAUGAUCGCGCCGUGUUCCAGUCCAGAACGAAUAGCAUGGUCUGGGACGAGGAUGCGAAUGGAUGGAUGGUCGAGAUCAUCAAGAAGCCGAAAGGAGGACAAGAGAGCACGCAUCGAGUGCGAGCAGACUUUGUCAUGAUUGCUCCAGGCGUUCUCAGCAACGCUAAGCUCCCGGAUGUCGAGGGCAUAGAAAGCUUCGAAGGCCACAUGUUCCACACCGCGCGAUGGGAUUAUGACUACACAGGCGGAUCACCCGAGCAGCCUGAUCUUACUGGUCUCCGUGGGAAGAAGGUGGCCUUGAUCGGGACCGGCGCCACGGCCGUUCAAGCAGUGCCGGAGCUUGCAAAGUAUGCCGAAGAGCUGACCGUCUUUCAACAAGAACGUCGCAUCCCGGCCUGGGUGGUUCAAAGACAGGAACUUAACUUCGCGACGUUCUUAACAGAUUCGGACGACAAGCCCGCCGAGAAUCUUGUCGAUGACGGCUGGACGCACUUCCCAUCGUACUCUGCAGUGGUAGGCACACCAAAGGAGGUUACAAUGGAGAAUGUCGGAGAGAGGAUCGGAACGUUGCACGCUCAGGACUACCCACGACAAGAACGCAUCCGCCAACGGACAAAGGAGAUCGUCAAAGACCAGAACACAGCCGAGGCGUUGCAGGCGUGGUAUCCUGGAUGGUGUAAGCGGCCGUGCUUCCACGACCACUAUCUGCAGACAUUCAACCUGCCGAAUGUCAAGCUGUUGAAUACCGAAGGCCGGAGCAUUGACCGGGUAUCGGAGAGUGGCAUCAAGUUCGCUGGCAAGACGUAUGACUGCGACGUCAUCAUCUGGGGGACCGGUUUCAGGUCGCCCGUUGUUGGGAGUAGCGCAGGCAAGGCGAACAUCUCAGUGAUCGGCCGGGGCGGCACUUCCAUGGAAGACCUGGCCACGUCAGGAGACCUCCAGACUCUUCACGGCGCAACCAUGCGCCACUUCCCAAACCUUUUCAGCCCCGGUCCAUCGCAGGCGUCUGCUACCGCCAACUUCACAUUCGUCCUCGACAUCCUCACCUCUCACCAGGCUUACAUCAUUGUGCAGGCCUUGGCCCGAGCCGGAGAAGGGAAGAAGCCAGUGAUCGAGCCGACUCAGGAGGCAAUGGACGAGUGGUCGAUGCGAAUUCUUUCAGGUGCUGCCACGUUCGCUGGUAUGGCUGGAUGCACUCCCAGCUACUUCAACAAGGAGGGAGAGACGGAUCAGAUCACGGAACCGGCGCAGCAGAUGAAGAUGGCGAGGAACGCCAUUUGGCCGAAAGGCUUCCCGGACUACUGCAACAUCAUCGAAGCAUGGCGAGCAGAAGGCAGUAUGAAGGGCCUGGAAGUGUCGGUGGUCGGGUGA